AUGUGGAUGCCAAGGUCUAUGCCAGAGAAAAGGAAUGGAGGAAAUGGAUUAAUUGCAGUGGCAAUAGACAAGGAUAAAGGCAGCCAAAUCGCCCUCAAAUGGACUAUUGACAAUCUUUUGGUGAAAGGGCAGACUGUUAUUCUCAUCCAUGUCAAUCUCAAAUCAUCUUUAUCUUCAUAUUAUGCUUCCCCAAGGCUGAACCAAAUUUCUGAUUCCAAUGGCACAUCCAGUCCCGAUUCCAAGGAUUUGUUCCUUCCUUUCCGCUGUUUCUGCACACGUAAAGAUAUUAACUGCAAGGAUGUCGUACUGGAAGACACGGAUGUCGCAAAAGCAUUAAUUGAAUACGUUACCCAGACUGCAAUUGAGACUUUGAUUGUUGGUGCGUCGGCAAAAGGAGGCUUUCUUAGAUUCAAAGCAACAGAUGUCGCAGGCAGCGUGUUAAAGGGGGCACCAGAUUUUUGCACUGUAUAUGUUAUAGCCAAAGGGAAGAUACAAUCCAUGCGGGCUGCCUCCCGUUCUUCACCAGUUAACUCUUCAUUGCAUAACCAACUCAACCAAAACAGCACAACACCAGCUUCUAUGGAUGCACAUACCCCCCGUACUCGUGUUAAAAGAGCUGAGAAGCCACCACUGGAGCUACCUCGAAAAUCAGUUGGCGAUACAGAAUCCUUCAGGUCACCAUUCACCAGGAGAGGUUUAACUGGAAAAUCAUAUGGUGAACUCUCGGUUCCAGAUACUGAUAUAUCCUUUGUCAGCUCCGGCAGACCAAGCAUUGACCGCAUAUUUCCAGCAUUUUAUGACAACACUGAAACAAGCCGCACCCCUCCACGGCUGUCAAACUUCUCUGACAUUGACAGCAACUAUAGCUUUGAAUCACUGCACCAUGGAAGGAAGUCACUGGAUCAAGGUGGCUUUUCACCUGAAUUAUCAACCUUCUCAAAUGAAAGUGACCAGAUGCCAUCAGCUGCGGAUGAUGUGGAGGCGGAAAUGAGAAGGCUGAAGCUGGAGCUCAAGCAAACAAUGGAAAUGUACAGUUCCGCCUGCAGAGAAGCACUCACUGCAAAGCAAAAGACAAGAGAGCUCCAGCGCUGGAAAAUAGAAGAAGAGCAGAAAUUGGAAGAAGCCCGACUAGCUGAGGAAGCUGCAUUGGCAAUUGCAGAAAAGGAAAAAGCCAAGUCCAAAGCAGCAAUUGAGGCUGCAGAAGCAGCUCAGAGAAUCGCUGAGCUGGAAUCACAAAAAAGGAUUAAUGCAGAAAUGAAAGCACGCAAAGAAGCAGAAGAGAAGAGAAAGGCCCUAGAUGCUCUAGCAAAUUCUGAUGUCAGAUACAGGAGAUACUCAAUCGAAGAAAUUGAAGCUGCAACAGAUUACUUUUCUCAGUCUCUUAAGAUUGGAGAAGGGGGUUAUGGUCCAGUAUACAAGUGUUAUCUGGACCACACACCCGUAGCAAUUAAGGUUUUACGUCCAGACGCAGCUCAAGGAAGGUCGCAGUUUCAGCAAGAGGUUGAGGUAUUGUGCUGCAUAAGGCACCCUAACAUGGUUCUCCUCCUGGGAGCCUGCCCUGAGUAUGGAUGCUUAGUAUAUGAGUUCAUGGCCAAUGGAAGCUUAGAAGACCGUCUCUUUUGCAGAGGAAAAUCUCCACCUUUGUCAUGGCAGCUAAGGUUUCGAAUUGCAGCUGAAAUUGGCACCGGCUUGCUGUUCCUCCACCAAACUAAACCCGAGCCACUCGUACACCGUGAUCUAAAACCUGCCAACAUCUUGCUUGACCGCAACUUUGUGAGCAAGAUCAGUGAUGUAGGGUUGGCCAGGCUAGUCCCACCAUCAGUUGCUGACAAUGUGACUCAAUACCGCAUGACAUCCACAGCUGGCACUUUCUGCUAUAUAGAUCCUGAGUAUCAGCAAACAGGCAUGCUAGGCAUAAAGUCAGAUAUAUACUCUCUAGGGAUCAUGUUUCUACAAGUAUUAACAGCGAAGCCGGCAAUGGGACUGACCCACCAUGUUGACAGGGCACUUGAAAAGGGCACUUUUGCUCAGAUGCUGGAUCCAGCAGUGCCUGAUUGGCCAAUUGAAGAGGCAACAUUGUUUGCCAAGCUAUCUCUCAAGUGUGCAGAGUUAAGGCGGAAAGACAGGCCUGAUCUAGGCAAGGUUGUCCUGCCAGAACUUAAGAGAAUGAGAGCAUUUGCUGAAGAAAGUAUGCACCACCACUCAUGGUCAUCAACUAGUCCAGUUGCACGCUCUCCAAAGUUUAGCCAAGUUUCAAUGCAGCUAAAUGACCAUCCUUCUUCAAGAUCCGAAGUAAGCUCAAGAAGCCCUUCAUCCCUUGCAUGAAAUGUAACCGAAAAGCAAGGACUCUAACAAUAGAGGAGAUUAAAAACAUGGGAGUAACUAUUUUUGAUACUGUGUAGAUAAUAUAAACCAAGAAGAGGUCGUAACUAUUUUUACUUUUUCUUAUGUUUCAAAUGCCAUAAAUUAGUGGUCCAAACUCUUCCAAUUGCCAAGGAAGUGGCUAGCAAAGAGCUUAAUUAAGUUUGUAGACUGUCAUUACAAUCUUUUUGCAGCACUCCUGUAAUUCGAUUUGCUGUGAAGGUACCCCUCAUUGGUACGAACACAAUGACAUAUCACAAGAAGAUCAGUUCAUCAAAUUUGAUUGGAUGUAAUGUAAUCUACUUUCAGUAGAGCAUGAUUAUGAGGUCUCCUGCUCCUCAGCUCCUUCUGCAUGACCAC